AUGCUCAUUGACGGUGAGAAAUGGGCCUGCGAAGCCUGCGUUCGCGGGCACCGCGUCAGCAAUUGCCAACAUUAUGACCGGCCAUUACAACACAUCAACAAAAAGGGCCGGCCAGUAACGCAAUGCCAGCAUUGCCGGUCGCAGCGCAAGAACCGCUCAGCACAUGUCAAGUGCGACUGCGGCGAAAAGACGAACAAGUGCAUCCACCUCGGUGCCAUUGAGGGCCACAGAGAAAGCUGCUGCUGCAACCAUGGCGGACGCUGCUCUUGUGCCUUCAAGAACGACCUGGACACCGUCCCCGAGUCCGCCGACCAGGACCCAGAAGAGGCAGGUUCCUGCGGUGGUGGUGGUGAGGAUGACUUGUCUGCCUCCUCCGCGAAGGCUGCGCUGAUAGGUGCCGCGUCGACUGCACCGUCAGGAUCGAACGCGGCCAACGCGAACCCAUCCAAUAAGAACCCAAUUCGCCGCCGCCGCGCCAACACGACGCGGUCCGAAGGCACGCUGACAUUCGACGAGCAUGGCCACCACAAGCCACUGUCUCAGAAGCACACCAAGGCGAUUUCGCAAAAGACCAACCCCUACCCGAUUAACCGCAUCAACUCGGCCCGCAGCACUGGCGGCCUGACCAACUUCCUGCAAGCUUCGAGCCGCCACGAUGACGAGGAACUGGACGACAACCACAGCAACGACUCCGACAACGGCGCCGAAGACACCUGCUCAUUAGAAGCUGCCGCUGCCGCCGCUGCCGCCACCAACUGCGGCACGUACCUCCCAUCACAGUUGUCACAGCAGCGCCGCUCGCGCUCCGAGACCGCCUCGCCAUUGCUGUUCGCCAGCAGCUUCCCCCAGCUCGGCGGUGCCAGCAGCACUGGCCAGCUUGCCCCACUGAACAUGGGCAUGGUGGGCUACAACACCGGUUUCACAAACUACAACUCUUUUACGCCCGAGCAGGUGGACCAGCCCCUCUUCAGCGCCGGCCUAAGCGCACCGUCCGUCGACUGGAGCCAGUUCGGCCUCGAUUUCGACCGCGGAUUCAGCACGAGCACGGACGACAAGUUCGCGUCGGCCGAGGCCUUUGGUUUUACGCGCAAUUUUGGCUACGAAUACAACGGUUCCGAGCAGGCCCCGACAAUGACGACGGGGACCUCCGGUGAGGUCUCGGAGGCCGAAGAGCCCACCGUGCCGGGUCUCGACGACUACGAGUACGACUACGAGUACGACGGCCUCAACGACGCGGCCAGCGGCAGCAUCGCCUUCUCGCGCACCAACAGCAGCUUCCACCUUCCGACGGCAGCGACAUCGGCUCCCAGCGUGCGCGCCAACACGGUCAGCAGCGACAUAAACGAGCUGCGCUACCUCAAGGCCGGCAACAAGUUCUUGCCGACACCCCUGGUUGGUGCGAGCGACGACCUGGCCACCCUCCAGUCUCUGGCUGGCAUGCCGCAGGUGGCGGGUCGCGACGACGACGAUUCGGGCCUCUGGAUGAACGACUACCAGGGCCUCCCGUCAAUGACCGAGUCGCCCGAGUCGGACGUUAUCUCUUUCUGGGCCAACAAGUGA